AAGAGUCGGAAAAAAAGGGGGAGAGUUGGGGGAACCGAAGCGAAAGCAAAAGACAUAAGAGGAGGGGGAGAGUCCUAGCCUAGGCGAGAAUGCCUCUCGAAGAGGAGGCAGCGAUCCAGACACCGACGACCCGGAUUGACCCCUCGAUCCUCGCUAAAUCCUCUUCGUUCGCUCGCUCGCACGGAUCUCCUCUUCCUCCUCCUUCAUCCUCUCCUUCUUCAGUUCGAUCGAGUGAGUUCGAGGGAGGAUCGAUUUGGGUUCUCUUGAUUCUUGAUUCUUUGACCUGGGUCGUCGCUCUCUCUGCAACUCGACUUCGAGGAGGAGGAGGAGGAGGAGGGUGGAAGGAUGCGAAGCAUGGCCAGCUCCGCCGCCUCCAAGGGCAUCGUCGCCAUUGUCGGCGUCGGCCCUAAGCUCGGCCGAUCCGUCGCCCGCAAGUUCGCCCACGAGGGCCACACCGUCGCCAUCCUCGCCCGCGACCUCGGACGGUUGUCUAGGUUCGCCGACGAGAUAGCGAGGGAGGAGAAGGCGCAGGUGUUCGCCAUAAGGAUAGACUGCUCGGACACGAAGAGCAUCCGGGAGGCGUUCGAGGGCGUGCUGUCCCUCGGCUUCGUCGAGAUCCUGGUGUACAACGCGUACCAGCCCGUGCCGUGGCUCCCCACCGCCUUUGCCGACCUCCGCCUCGACGCCUUCGAGAAGUCCCUCGCCGUCUCCGCCGUCGGUGCCUUCCACUGCGCUCAACAGGUUCUGCCCGGGAUGGUGGAGCGAGGCAGAGGGACGAUCCUCUUCACCGGCUGCUCAGCCUCUCUCAACGGCAUUGCAGGCUUCUCUGAAUUAUGCUGCGGGAAGUUCGCAUUGAGGGCGCUGUCGCAGUGCUUGGCUAGAGAGUUCCAGCCGCUUGGAGUGCACGUCGCUCAUGUCAUCCUCGACGGCGUCGUCGGUCCACCGAGGGGACCAUCGACGGCACAUAGACCGUUGGUUGGGGAACAACCACAGCAAAGCUUCAGCGCAGGAGGAGAUCACGGGUCCGGGUCCACGUCCACAUCCACGUCCGCGACCGCGCCCGCGGCCGCGCCCGGGUCAAUCUCCACGGUGAUGGACCCCGAUGCGGUGGCUCAGACCUACUGGCACUUGCACGUUCAGGACCGAGCCGCCUGGACCCAGGAGAUCGACCUUCGCCCCGCCAAUCUCCGAUCCUUCUAGUAGUCCCUACUCACAAAAGGAAAUUUACCCUGUCAAUUCCGUGGUCCGAAGAGGAGAAGAACGAGUUCGUUUGUCAUUAAAUUAUGAGAUCACACAAAGGGAAGAGGUCGAAGAAUUUUUUACAAAGAAAAAAUGGGCCUCCAUAGUCUCCUACUUGACUCUCUUUGGAUCGAGUUGAUUUGUAGAUAAACGUCAGAUAAGUGAGCUCCAUUUGUGACCUUGCUUUGAUUGCUUUCGUAAGUCGGAAUGUAAGAUAACUUUCGUGGCAAUGAGUGGAAUUUCAUUUAUGAAAAGUUUCUCCUUCGGAUCA